AUGGGAAAACCGAAGGGUAUUCGUACAGCACGUAAGCUGAAGAUGCACCGUCAAGCACAGCGGUGGAAUGAUAAAAGAUAUAAAAAGGCGCACCUUGGUACGAGAUGGAAGGCCAAUCCGUUCGGGGCCGCAUCCCAUGCAAAAGGAAUUGUUCUUGAGAAAGUAGGCGUUGAGGCUAAGCAACCUAAUUCCGCAAUUCGUAAAUGUGUUCGAGUUCAGUUGAUAAAAAAUGGUAAAAAGAUAACUGCUUUCGUUCCAAAUGAUGGUUGCCUGAAUUUUAUUGAGGAGAAUGACGAAGUUCUCGUCGCAGGUUUUGGUCGUAAGGGUCACGCAGUUGGAGAUAUUCCUGGAGUCCGAUUCAAAAUUGUAAAAGUAGCCAAUACGUCGUUGAUAGCCUUGUUUAAAGGGAAGAAGGAACGACCACGUGCUUAA